AAAGUCGUUUUGAGGCGUUCAUCAACCAUGAAACUUCUCGGCUAUGUCGAUUCGCUCAAAAGCCAAACGUCGAUCAAAUUUGCGGCCUUUAUUUUCAUCUCCUUGUUUUUCUUCUACUUAGGAAGGCACUGGUCCGAUGGUUCCCGUCAACUCAUCUUCUUCCCCCGUCAAUCCCCUUCUGAAGCGACAUCAUCUUCACCUUCCGUCUCUCUUUCUCGUAACCUCAAUAAAGAAUUCAACAUCUCCGCUCUCAUUAACACUCCCGGACCACCUCCAGUUAAAAAAGUUCGGCCUCCUCCUCCUCCGCCGGAGUUCGAGACUUUCGGUAUUGUAGACGAGAACGGUAUGAUGUCGGAUAAGUUUGAGAUUGGGGAGCUCGAUCUGAACUUGGUGGAGAAUUGGUGGAACGGAACGGAGAUUGAAGUGAAAACGGGAAAAGAGGGUGUUAAGUCUACGUUUACGGUUAAGAAAUUUGGGUUUUGUGGAGAGAAUAUGAAAGACUAUAUACCGUGUUUGGAUAACGUGGAAGCCAUUAAGAGGCUUAAAUCGACGGAGAGAGGGGAGAGAUUUGAACGACAUUGCCCGGAGAAAGUGAAAGGAUUGAAUUGUUUGAUUCCGACUCCUAAAGGAUAUCAUCCUCCGAUCCCCUGGCCUAGGAGCCGCGAUGAGGUAUGGCUCAAAAAUGUUCCUCAUACACGUCUAGUGGAUGAUAAUGGUGGUCAAAGUUGGAUAUCCAAAAAAGGGAAGGAUAAACUCAAGUUUCCUGGAGGUGGCACACAGUUCAUACAUGGGGCAGAUCAAAAUCUGAAUCAGAUUUCUAAGAUGGUUCCUGAUAUUACAUUUGGUCAUAACAUUCGGGUUGUUCUGGAUGUUGCAUGUGGUGUGGCAAGUUUUGGUGCCUAUUUGAUGUCUCGGAAUGUUAUAACCAUGUCAAUAUCUCCCAAAGAUGUCCAUGAAAACCAGGUUCAAUUGGCACUUGAGCGUGGAGCGCCUGCACUGGUGGCUGCAUUUGCAACUCGCCGUUUAUUGUACCCAAGUCAAGCUUUUGAUUUGAUACAUUGCUCUCGAUGUCGCAUCAAUUGGACUCGUGAUGAUGGAAUUUUGCUUCUCGAGGUCAAUAGAAUGCUCAGGGCUGGUGGAUAUUUUGCUUGGGCCGCCCAGCCAGUUUACAAGCAUGAAGAGGCCUUUGAGGAACAAUGGGAAGAGAUGCUUAGUCUUACUACUCACCUCUGCUGGGAUCUUGUAAAGAAGGAAGGAUAUAUUGCAAUAUGGCAGAAGCCCUUGAAUAACAGCUGUUAUUUAAGCCGAGAAGCCAGGACUAGUCCUCCUUUAUGUGAUCAAGAUGAUGACCCAGAUAAUGUUUGGUAUGUUGAUCUGAAGGCCUGCAUUAGUCAACUUCCUGAGAAUGAAUAUGGUGCAAAUGUUGCUCCUUGGCCUGCUCGUCUGCAAAUCCCACCUGACAGGCUGCAGAGCAUACAAAUUGAUUCGUCCAUAGCCAGAAAAGAGCUCUUCAUGGCAGAAUCAAAAUACUGGAAUGAAAUAGUGGCGAGUUAUGUCCGUGUUCUACAUUGGAAGAAAUUUCAACUAAGAAAUGUAUUGGACAUGAGAGCUGGCUUUGGAGGAUUUGCAGCCGCUAUAAUUGAGAAUCGACUUGAUGCUUGGGUUCUAAAUGUGGUCCCUGUUAGUGGGCCUAAUACCUUACCUGUAAUUUAUGAUCGUGGAUUAAUAGGUGUCAUGCAUGACUGGUGCGAACCAUUUGAUACAUACCCAAGGACGUAUGAUCUUUUGCAUGCAGCAGGCCUUUUCUCAAUUGAGAGGAAAAGAUGCAAUAUGUCUACAAUCAUGCUUGAAAUGGACCGGAUGUUGAGACCUGGUGGACGAGUAUACAUUCGUGAUUCUCUCGAUGUUAUGGGUGAACUUGUAGAGAUUGCAAAAGCCAUGGGUUGGCAUCCGACUCUACGCGAUACAUCUGAAGGUCCUCAUGCAAGUUACAGGAUAUUGACAUGUGACAAGCGCCAUUGAACAAAUUUGAACAAGAAGUCCAACUUGUAUUAUCUGUGAUAUUUACCGAAGCGUACCGAAAACGUAUAAUCCAGAGAGGUAAA